ACGCGCUUCUCGUAAACAAAAACAGACUGAGAGAAAGAGAAAAAGAGAGAGAGAGACAGAAAGAGAGAGGUCCCCUGUAGUCAGUAGGGCAGUGGAACUUGAAGGAGCAAGAAGUUCCACGAGCAGACUCCCGUCCACCGGUCUUUGGUUCCGGUUCUAACCACCUCACACAUGGUUCUCCUCCGGCAUAUCUCCAUCGCCUUUACCGCCGCCGUGGCCGCCCUGGGCUCCGCUCUCUUCAUCGCCCUCAACUACUUCUACAAGCGGCGCUUAUGGUCCCCACAGGCGGCUUACUGCACCAUCACAGAGGAGGAAGAGGAGCGCGAGAAGCGGCAGGUUCUGGUUCUAGGCCUGGAUGGAGCCGGGAAGAGCAGCAUGCUGCAGGGUUUGACCCCCGGGGAGUCAGCAGCCAAAAGGGGCCGAUCCCGGCCCACCCGCGGCUUCAACUUUAUGAGCCUGGAUACGCCCAGCUGUCAGCUCGAUUUUCUGGAGAUUGGUGGUGGAGAGGACCUACGGCGGUACUGGGGGGACUACCUGAGACGGACCCACAUUCUGGUCUAUGUGGUGGACUCGUCGGACAGGAGCCGCCUCCCAUUGGCUAAGGCUGAACUCCACUGCCUCCUGAGGGUGGAGCCACAGCUGCCUGUUGUUGUCUUGGGAAAUAAGCAGGAUAAACUGAACGCCUUGAGUGUGGCAGAACUGCACGAAGCCUUGUCUCUGGAUGCCGUGACUGAUGACAGGAAGCUGUUCCUCCUUGCUGCUCAGUUGAACUCCGAAGAAGCCAGGAGGAAGGCCUGCCAAGACCUGGACACCAUCCAGGACCUCAUCCUACAGCUCGUCUGAUCUCAACUGGACAUGGGCUAACUGAGCCAGAAAUAGAGCCUAUAAGUAAAUGGUUCACCCCUUUUCCUGUUUGGUGAGAGAUCUGUGCCAGACGAGGAGGUGACAGACAGAAAAUCUUCCACCACCAUGGAGUUUUCAUACAAACAGGAGAAGAAGAGGAGGAACACAAAGUGUGGAAAAAGUGGAUGAAGUUUUGAUGAAAUCAGGUCAAACUGUCCCAGGUUUACUAAAACUAAGUCAUUUUUAACCAAGACACUGUAACAUUUCACUCUGUGCUAUUUUUUGUUGGUUCUUGUUGAUGUUUUUAUGCACAGAGAAGAGAUUAGUCGGAGAUUCUCCUGUUGACAAAUGACAAACUGUGAAAUGAUUUCCUAAGGGGAUAAUUACUGACUCCUGUGUUGAUAUUUUAUUGAUGGAGAUUAAAAAUGGAUGCCUAUGACACUUCAUACAACAGCCUUGCUGUAGCUGCAUAAAGAUAGUUUGCUAUUGGCGAUUGUAUUUAAGGGGAAACUAAAUGUACUUCCAGUGACUUUAACUGUUUGUAUUACAUUAUAUUCUUAACUUUGUAAUUUCCCAGCAUUAGUUAGCCUAGUAUAUAUGCAAAGAUAUUACGAACAGAGCUAAAUCACAAAUUUAGUAGAAGGUCAAGAGGUGUUUGAUAAAAAGUUCCUGAAUACUCAUUUUAGCAUAUGUUUGCCUUUUACCUGAGAGCUUUUGAAAAUGAACCAGAUACCCACUUUGAUUUAUUAUGGAAUAUCAUUACACACUAUAGGGAUAACAAUUAUCUGUAAAUACUGUAUUAAACCCAAAGUGAUCAUUUUCUGGAGUUUUGACACCACUUAUGUUUGUACAAGUUUUUUUUUUUUUUACAAUUUAAGGUUUGCUGGAAAUUACAUUUUUGCUUUUACAGUUAUGCUUAAAAUAAUAAUGAAUAUAAGAAAUGUUUUUUAAUGAAGACAAUCAUGUAUAAAUUGUCAAAUUUCCAGUAUUUUCUGCAACAAAGAGACCUUCUCUUUCACACAAUUGAGUUUGAAUUGAUAUAUUAGGUAAAGCGUUGCUGUAACUUUAAUCUGACAUCUGAAAUGUAAUUUGUGGCUAAGCAAGGAUUUUAUAUUUAUUUGUUUUUUCCUUGCAUUUUUGUCUAUAUGUUGUGCUGGUUACAUGACAUGUUUUAGUCUAAAGAAAUUUGAUUGUAUCCUAGUUUUAAUCUUUCUUUUCUGUUGACUGUGUAAAGAAAAUAGUUUGAAUGACUUAAGGUCAUUUCAAUUCUUUAGGAAACUGUAAAAAAAAAGUCUCAAAAUAGGAUCAAAUUUUACCGAACAAAGCUCCCCAUUAGAACAAUAUUUUUUUCAAAAAUAAAAAACUCAAAAGUGAACACUCCGGGUAAUUUAACAAGAUUCCAUUACUUCCCACGUGAUCAGAGUAGAACACAGGAAGCAUUCAAAGAUAUCUAAAUGACAAGAAAAUCAAUCCAUGUUUACACAUUUUUAAACUUUGAAUUUUCCUUUUCUCUAAUAAGAGAUUUAAAAUUUCUAUAAAGGAAACUGGAUACAUAGUACAAAUCAUUCAUUUCUCUUUAGUUUUGUUGCUGUAAAAUAUUAAUAAAAGCAGAAAAAAGCAGGGUUGAUUAGGUCCAUGUGGAACAUUGAUUAUUUGACUUACUGAUUUUAAAUGUUUAUGAGUUUUAUCAGUGGUGUAGACGUCCAACCCACUAGCAUUGCUUAUGUAACACUUAGAUAACAACAUAAACAAAACUACUUUUCACACCAUUUUUAUUCAGUUAUGACAGCUGAAUGGCUUUACCUCUUUAAAAUUAUGAUCAAACAUGUGGUGCCUGGUACUUGUCUGAGGAAUAAUAGAGCCAAAUCAAGUUACUCGACAGUAACAAAGCCUGAUCAAAGAGUUUUAUGUGGUAUAAAUUUGUAAAAUGUAUUUCAAUUAAAUGAUUACAAAAUUCACCUACUUCAGCUAA